UCAAACACCUUGCCACCACGUCAUUCCACUACCGACGACGACCCAUAGUCCUAUUCGUCUCUCUAUCGCUCUCUCUCGCACUCUCCACCAACAAAUCUCACUCUAAACAAUUCGGAUCUAUGUACGCAUUAUCAAUAUAUGAAUAUAAAUUUUGAAGCUUGAAUUGAAUUGCUUCAAUUCUGUAUCUGAAACACCAAUUGAAGGUACUUAUCGGUGUACAGUAAUGGCGAUUCGUUCAUCUCCUGCAUUUUUUGCGAUCCUCUUCUUGCCCUUGCUCCUCAACGUCGUUGUUCACUGCAGAACCCUCAAAAGAGACGUGAAAGCAUUGAAUGAAAUUAAGGCAUCUCUGGGAUGGAGGGUAGUCUAUUCAUGGGUUGGAGAUGACCCUUGUGGAGAUGGUGAUUUACCACCAUGGUCUGGAGUCACUUGCUCGUUUCAGGGUGACUAUAGAGUAGUUACAGAAUUGGAAGUUUAUGCAGUGUCAAUCGUUGGGCCUUUUCCUGUUGCAGUGACCAAUCUGUUGGAUCUUACUAGGCU